GCUCAGCUUACGCUCCUCCGCGCCCCCCAACAAUGUCGGCACCGGCCCCACCAGUAAAGAAAGAUGGCAGCUGCGGUGAUUUAGAAGCCAACUGCGGGAGCAGCGGCACCGCCACCGCCAGCACUCCCCGCAGGCGGAUGGUUUGGAAGCCCCUCUUUGCAUCCUUCUUCGCCGCCCUACUGCUGUGGGCCGCAGACACCUCCGUCGUCCGCGGCGGCGCCACUCGUCCUCCGCCGCUUCAGCUCGGGUACUACCUCGGAUCCUAUUCCGCCCACACGUCCUCCCCCACCACUCCUCCUCCUAUAUUCAAGAAUAGUAGCAGUAUAGUACUAGUUCGGAAGAAACCCAUCUUCUGGAUGUCCGUACCCAUCGCCCCCAACUUCACCACCACCCUCCUCUCCCGCUGGAUGGCCCCCGCCGGGGACUCCCGCACCGCCGACAUCUCCAUCCCCGCCCUCGACGGGCGAGCCUCCCCCGUCGAGCUGUCCGCCGCCGAGAUCCACGAGUUCUCCUUCACGGCAUUGGACGCCGCCGGCCGGCCCCGCAGCCUCGGCGGCGACUACUUCGAGGUCGACCUCUCCGGCCCGUCCUGGAAGUCGCGGCCCCCGCUCCUCGACCGCGGCGACGGCUCCUACUCUCUGCGGCUCCAAGUCGCCCCCGAUUUCGCCGGCGCCUUCAACCUCACCGUCACCCUCCUCUUCAGAAGCUUCGAAGGGCUCAAGAUGUCGCCGGCGCGGCUCAAGUACGGCAGGCAGCUGCGGAAAAUACCCGUCAUUAUAUCCCGUCCGGACCUUAGCACUGGGGACGGGGACGGCAGCGCCUCCUCGCCGCCGGCUCUGCGGACGUGCCGCAGCUCCGAUUUUGGUCAGGAUUUCUGGUGGUCCGGGCGGUGGACGCGGCACGGUGGGAAGGAGAGGGAGGGUGAGUGUGCCGUGGACGACGAGGGGCGCUACCGGUGCCUGGCGCCCGACCACCCGUGCGAGCGGCCGUGGUGCACCGGCCCGCUGGGGGCGCUGGAGAGCGACGGCUGGGUCUACUCGGCCCACUGCUCCUUCAAGAUCUUCGCCGGGGAACAGGCCUGGGACUGCCUCGCGAAGAAGUGGAUCUUCUUCUGGGGCGACUCCAACCACGUCGACACCGUCCGGAACCUGCUGCACUUCGUGCUCGGCCGCGCCGACGUCAAGCAGGUGCCCCGGCGGUUCGACUACAACUUCACGAACCCGAGCAACGCCUCCCAGUCGGUCCGGAUCACGAGCAUAUUCAACGGGCACUGGAACGAGUCCAUGAACUACCUCGGACUGCAGUCCCUGGAGAACAAGGGCUUCCGGCGGCUGCUGUGGAGGUUCUUCUCGGCGGAGGAGCGGGUGCCGGACGUGAUGAUCCUCAACUCCGGCCUGCACGACGGCGUCUACUGGCGGAGCGUCCGGGCGUUCGCCGGGGGAGCGGAGCGGGCGGCGGAGUUCUGGGCGGAGGUGGUGAGGCGCGUGAGGGAGCGGGGGAGGGCGGCGCCGAGGGUGUUCUACCGGACGACGAUCGCGGCGGGAGGGUAUGCGAGGGAGAUGGCGUUCAACCCGAGCAAGAUGGAGGCGUUCGACGGCGUGCUGCUCGAGAAGCUGAAGGAGAAGGGGCUGCUGUCGGGCGUCAUCGACGACUUCGACAUGACGUUCCCCUGGCACUACGACAACCGCUGCAGCGACGGAGUGCACUACGGCCGGGCGCCGGCCAAGAAGCUGUGGAGGGACGGGCAGAUCGGGCACCACUAUUUUGUGGAUCUGAUGCUGGGCCAUGUGCUCCUCAACGCCAUAUGCGGCGACUGAAUGCGACGUCGCGCGAUACCUGAACCUGAUCCGCUCAACUCCGUAUCCGCUGAUCUAAUUAAACACGGACCUCAAGCAAUUUUGGCAGGGUCAAUUGUAAUUAUGGUGGCAAUAGCAAUUAUAUUUUUAUUUACA